GUCUCUCCCCCACGGGAACUCCCUGUGAAUUGGCUUUAGAGGGCUUCUCCAACCUCAAUCACGAUCAGAUUAAGACUCGGUCACUCGGUCCAUUCGUCCUCCACAUUUGCACGGACUUGUCCGGCUGAAAAUAGGUUGAAAAUGAGUCGACUUUCGCCAUUCCCACAAUCUUCAAGGCUCCCAGAUCGCAAAUCACGUGUAAUUAUUUUCCAACAGUCCAGCAAACUUCAAUCCUGUUUCACGAGUCAUAGGUUUUGAUGGCGUCGGCCACUGCAGGAAGUCUGAAUGAGGUUACUAACCCAGACCACAUUGCACAGUUUGCCCAAGUCAUUGCCGAGGCUUUCUACAAUGACCCAUUGAAUCGAUGGCUUCGCCUGGGAGAUGAGUCGAAGCCUGACAAUCCCAAAUUGCAGAAUCCACAACUGGCUCUUGACCACUGGCUGCCGCUCGUGCGAGGGCGAGCAGAUAAUGGUGGCGUUCUGGUGCAGACCUACGACUGGGCUGCGGUAGCGUUGUGGCUGCCACCAGGAAUCCAAAAGCCACCAUACACCACCACGCACAGAGGCAUUCUUGAGUAUCGAGACAAGUUCGACGCCCUCAAGGCCAAGACAUUAGGUGACCGGAGUUAUUGGUAUUUAAAUCUCAUUGCGCGUUCUCCUUCGAGAGCAGACAAAGGUGCGAUUCGAGGGGUCAUUGAUCCCUUCAUUGAGAAGGCCCGGCAGCAAGAAGUUCCCUUGUGGCUGGAGGCCAUAAGCGAGCAUGCGAGAGAUGUUUAUGCCCACUUGGGAUUCCGCGUAGUCGAGACGGUGGUCAUUGGUGCAGGAGCCAUCAAUGAGCAGGGUUGGGUCGAGGAUGGAGGGUCGGGUGUGAAAUGCUGGGGAAUGGUUGCCAAUUUGUAGAUUUGUCAAGGAACGAGGAAGAACGGCGCUACCGGCCUCUUCAGAGUCGCCCAUGUUGUUUCCCUUAGACUUGUUGGACAAGGCUGUCUUCCACAGGAUGAUAAAAAAUACUCCAUAGAGUUUUGAAUCGAGCUUGGAAUUUCACUGUCAC